AUGCUUGGCUCAGCAGCAUGGACCCACGUCCAUUCUUUUGACCAGCGCUUCAAUGAACGCUUGGGGAACUCCCUUAGUCGAAUGAGCACGCCGCUGCUUCGCCGUUUUCAAUGCGGGCGCGUGGCCGCUUGCAGAGUUCUGAGGCGAUUGUCAUGCCCGACAGUCGCUCCAGCUCGGCCGACGCCGAUGUUCACGCCGUCGAUCAUCUCGUCGAACAUGGCAACGGGCACAAUCGAGGUUUCGAAGCAGCGAUUUGAAGAGCUGCUGGAAUCAGAGGUGGUCCACUUUGCCAGGGCGCUGCGGCCCCACCCGAUGACGCUUCAGCAGAUCCUUCACCUUCAAGAUGCAAAAAGCUUGCGUGAGUUCUUGCUGGAGGAAUUGCCUAUCCGGUAUGCUCGCCGAGUACAGCUCAUUGAGUCCUUGCCGCGUUGGAGCGAUUUUCCUCACAUGCGGGUGAUUCGCUCCUUGUACUUCGAUGCUUUUCGCAAGCUUCGUGCAGUGCCUCCCGAAGAAGAGGAACGCUUCAGAAGCAUGCUGCAAGAUAUCAAGCGACGAAACGCCAACAUGCUGUUUCACGUUAUGAGGGGCGUCCGCACCAUGCGUGCGAAGCAUGCGCUCACGGAGGAGCAGGUUAACCGGUUUCUGGACGAGUUCCUCACUGCCCGGAUAGGGACGGAUAUCUUGUCCUCGCAGUACCUGGCAAUGACAAAGCCAGAUUCCCCUACUUCGGUUGUCACUCCUGACUGCGACCCAGUUGACGUGGUUCGCACGGCCGCCGGCGAUGCUGCUACCCUGUGCAGGCAUCACUACGGCUGGAGCCCGCCGAUCGACAUUGUGGAUGUGGGCCAGGUGCGAUUUCCCUUUAUCAAGCAGUACCUGAACUACAUCAUGUUCGAGCUGAUCAAGAACUCCUUGCGCGCGGUGGUUGAGAGGUAUGGCUCUAGAGAAGCUGCAGAAGCCUACCCCAUUCGUGUCGUCGUUUGCGGCGAUGAUGACACCAUCGUGCUCCGAGUGUCUGAUUGUGGAGGUGGUAUUCCUCUUGACGACAUGGAUCAGGUGUGGUCUUACCUCUACACAACGGCAAAGCCUGCGUGCGAGGACGUGUCAUCGGCCAGUGGCGCUGACAGCGACGACGAUGACAACGAUUCGGACGAUGACCGCGGCAUUGCGCCGCUAGCAGGUUUCGGCUGCGGCCUUCCCCUAAGCAGGAAUUAUGCGUGCUAUGUGGGAGGGUGGCUGGAACUACACUCGAUACCAGAAUAUGGGACAGACACGUACCUCUACUUAAACCGGGCGGGAAAUGUCGAAGAAGCCAUGCCCACCGACAUAGAUGCUCAUUUGCCAAUUCGCGGUGCAUUUCCGCGGGCAGCCUGA